AAAACAUCUACCCAAGUCGAGGCAAGGGCUCGUGGUUCUUUGCAUUCCAACCACUCUCGCACCCACACCCACGUCAGUGUUCUUGCCAAACUUUCGCAAACGAAUCGCACUUGUCCUUCCUCCUUCGUUCGCACGAAUAGAAUGGAGAUUGUGCUGGAUGUGAGUCCCGGAACGACUUAAACGGCGUUAUCAAAAUAACAAAAAAAUAUAAAUUGUUUCGGCCAAAACAAGGUAACAUUCAACUGGAGUAAAUACAAAGAUGGAAAAUCAGACCAACGAAUGCUUCUAUAACAUGUCUAUGGACUUCUUUUACAACAACAGCAAGCAUAAAAGUGACAGCUGGAAUUCCAUAAGACUCAACAUUGUCCAGAGUUUUGGCUCUGUCUUCUGCUGUUUUAUUCUGUUCUCCAAUGCCAUGGUCAUUGCUGUGGUAGUUACCAACAAGAGGUUCCACUACCCCUUUUACUACCUUCUAGCGAACCUGGCUGCCUCAGACUUCCUAGCUGGAUUAGCCUAUGUGUACCUUAUGUUCAACACAGGUGCAGUGUCCAGAACGCUCAGUGUGCAGAUGUACUUCUUUCGCCAAAGCCUGCUGGACAUUAGUCUCUCGGCCUCCUUGACUAACCUGCUAGUGAUUGCAUUUGAGCGCUACAUUGCUGUCUUGAAUUGGAAGGUUCACAGCAACCUCACUAAGAGGCGAGUGACUUUACUGAUCGUGCUAGUGUGGGCCAUUUCCAUAUUUAUGGGUGCCGUGCCUAGCCUAGGAUGGAAUUGCAUUUGUCACCUGAAGACGUGCUCUCAACUGGCCCCCAUCUACAGCCGGAGCUACCUAAUUUUUUGGUCUGUGUCAAACCUGGUAUUGUUCCUGGUCAUGUUAUCAAUCUAUCUGAAGAUUUACACGUAUGUCAAAAGGAAAACGGCUGUCCUGUCCUCUCAUACGCGUGGUUCCUUAAACCGCAGGCGGACCCCAAUAAGACUCAUAAAGACGGUGAUGACCGUGUUAGGGGCAUUUGUGAUCUGCUGGACCCCAGGGCUCAUUGUGCUGCUGCUGGAUGGCGUGAACUGCCACGAGCAGUGUAAGCUGACAAGCUUCAAACGUUGGCUUCUCCUCCUGGCCGUACUCAACUCUGUCAUGAACCCCAUUAUCUACUCCUACAAGGAUGAGGAGAUGUGGCUGACCUUCAAAAACCUGCUGCGCUGCAUCUGCAAUGGGACCCGCAGGCAGAGGUCAUCAAGGGCCAAUAUGCGGUCUUCAAGCCAGGAACCUGGAAGUAGCCUGCACACCUCUGAUGAGAACAAGAGUGCUGUUCAUGAGCUCGAUGACUGAAGUGUCCUGCUACAAAGCCACCACAAAUGACCACUAACUGGCCCACUGCAAGGCCAGUACAGAAGCAUUACUCAAUCUGCAGAGCAUAAUUGUGCUGCAACCUACAGAGAGGAUUUUUUAAAUGAAUGCGUUAAAUGAGAGUUUGGGGUUUGCACACCAACUAUACAGACAACAUAAAAUAAUGACUGUUGAAUAGAGAACAGUGUACAUUUCUCUGAAGCGUAGCCAGUUCUCUCAUUAUUCAUUGAAAUCUCACUCUCAAAAUGAAUCAUCAUAUCUGACACUCCUUGAAUACGUUUGACAAAAAUACAAACAUAGCAAAGCAAAAAUAACAAUUGUACUAAGCAUUGCCUUGUUUUACUUCUAAUUAUUGUAUUUUAUGAACAUAUUUAAAUGUAUUUAUAUGAAAUUAUAAAUUUCAUGCUAAAAAAUUCUUCAAAUUCUGUGUAACAUGGUAAUCAAAUGUCAGAUAUGGUGGUUCAUUUCACUGUGUAAACAAUAUAUUGUAAAUAUAAGCUAGGUUUUGCAUGUACUUUUGAAUACCAUCUCAUUUUACUGCCACAUUAAAUGGCAUACAACGCAAAAGCCCGGUCUGUUUCAGCGGAGAAAAACUGAAGCAUCAUCAUUUCACACAUUGCUCUCAUAUGUCUGCAUUUGCAUGUGUUUGGAACAUUAGACUGAGCCAAGAAUUAAGGAAGAUGGCAUUCUUGGCCUAGCGCAACCAAGUAGUGUCAAUGGCUCCAGCAGUAUAUUUCAGUCUGGAUUGCUUUCUGCUUUGACAAGCAGUGUGUGCUAACUGCUGUGUACAGGAAACCUUUUCACUGUCCUGGAAUUCAAAAGUUACUUUAUCCUUCUUUACACAACUGCUGUCGAGAAAACUGCUGAGCCACUGAAACGGCACAGCUUUAUGUGUCUGGAAAGGUUAUCUGGAAUGCCUGCAAAGACUCAAGGUCGUAACUGCAGUUUCAUUAUCUGGAAGUGAUUCAGUUAUCUACACAUAAAAUGUGUGUUGUGACAGUGCUUAUGUUUUUAAAAGAAAAACAUUUCUUCAACUGGUUCUGGUUGAAGUCACAUUGUGCAGGGUUUGUUUGCACUGAAACAAGGUGGUUUACAUGCCUUAAAUAUUAUAAAACUGCAGCACUUAAAAAAAACCAAUCAUGAAUUGGAAGCUGCCUCUAAGAAUUAUGCAGUUUAGAAGUUUUAUUACAUGCCAAUAUAUUGAAGACAAGAUAGGGAGAAAAUGCUAAAUCAUUCUUGAUCUUGGGGUUGACAUGGUUUUGAGGGAUGUUGGGCAUGGGGUCUGGAGCAGUCACCCUGCUGGAUUGUCCUUCAUACUCUACGUGCUUCACUGCAACCUGAAGCAGCUGAGGAAACAGCUGAGGCUAGAGGAAAUAGAAGAUAGUUAAAUGAGAAUUACAUUUUGAAUUUCUUUUUUUUUCUUUUUUUUUUGGUCAAUGGGAGGAAAUUAAAACUUAGAUCAUGGGUGUUUUUUUUGUUUUGUUUAUUAUUACAAAAUCAUUUUCUGUUUUAUACGAAAGGUAUUCCGCAUCGUCUAUUACAUUUUAGUCAGAAUAUCUAGCCAGCUUGCAUGUUGCUCGAACGACCACGAUGAGAAUAAGAUUGCAUGACCACUUGGUUAAAGCUUUGGAUGACAUGGGUUUCCCCGUAACUGGACUAUUAACACAACACAAAAAAUAGAAACAUGCACAAUAUGAGACUUCAAGAGGUAAUGGAUUAAGCCUUCGGCAUGGAGCAUACACAUCACUUUUUAAUGGCUUUGGUUAUGGCAUGCAGAAUUCAUGUUAUGAUGUGGCACAGAACUCUUCUGUUUUUGUGUCAAAUGUGGAUCAAUAGGCAAUUAGUGUCAAUAAUUUAAGUUUGAUUUCAGCAGUUCAAUUUCUAAAAUGAUCUAGUCUAUGCACAUAUGUAGAUGUAGCAUGCUGUGGAAUGUAUCACCAUUCUUGCUCUAUCACUGUCCCAUUUCAUGUUGAUCACUUCCAUUAUAUGAUUUUAGUAUUGGGAUGUCUAUCCAUGUUGCUUUGAAGAAAUCUUUUUUUCAGGUGAGAGGGGAAGUUUACUGAGUGGCAAAUUAUAGAAGUGUGCACAUGAUAUACUAACUGCUUUCCAACAAUAACAUGGGAAUUAUGGACCUGAAAUGUCUUGCUCUUUGGUGAAAUGUAUCUUUGUAGUGUUGUAAAGCAUACAUAUUCUGAAACCUAUUGUUUUAUCUUUUGGCACUAUUUCAAUUCAGUCAUUUAAUCUGAGACUACUGUUUGAUUUGCUAUAAAGUUUGUCUUCUGUUGUCUAGAUAUGGAAAACUUCCAUCAUUCCUCCUUUCUUUUGAAGGGAUUUAUGUUGUAAAAAUUCCAGAGCACAUUAGACCCUCAGUUUGCAUUAUGUUUUCCUUGAUUAUCAAUGUAAUCACUGAUACGUGCAGUAUGUUACUUAAGUAAAUCAUCCUUGUACUGUAUUAUUUAACAAAAAUCUAGCAGAUGAUGCAAUACUGUAAUCACUGUACUCUCAAUGGAAGUGCUGUAACACUGAUCACUGGACUAUUCAAAUUGUGUCUUUUUUGCAUCCUAACUUAAUUGUGCAAAGGUUGUAAUGUUGAAAUAUACUGGCACUACUUGUUGAAACAUACAUGCUUAAGGGAAGACUGGCAUUGAAACAUGGAUAAUCAAUCUGCUGAGGGUCUUGCUCUGUCUGCAUUUUAUAGUGGGAUUCUCAUUUUUAUGGAAAUUAUUAUGUUAGGAAUCACCAUUCUGAAUGGCGAUCAUUCUCAGGAAGAAUUUGACAAACCCAGCAUAUGCCUUUAGUAAUAUUAUCUAUAAGGGGAGACCAGAGCACACCUUAGCAUGUUGAAACAUGGGAAUUUUGCAUCUUGUAUUUGAGCAAGAAUGAUGUGUGUGUUUUCACUUGUGUAUUAUAGCAACUUGCUUUGCUGAAAUACAACUAGCACAAUGUGGGGCACAUUGUAACAUUGUGUUACAACAAGCCCUCGCCUAUUAUAAAUGCAUCAACCGCACAAACGUUUCAUGUAAGGUUGUUUUUUCCAUGAGUAUCAUCCACUUAUUCUGUCCUAUGUAGUACUCACUCUUAUCCAUGCCUUACAAGACAUUCAUAAUAUAUUAAUGGUGUCAUACCCGGUUAGACAAAAUAUAGACAAUUUCCACAGGACGAUUAUCAGAUGAAAAAUCUUAAUUAUUUUGAAUUCACCUACCAUACCUAACUUUUUUUGGUCAAUUUCCCAACCUUUUGGAUGCUUUUGAACUGAUAUCACCAGGAAUGUCCUAGAACAGUACUGGUACUGGUGAUAUACAUAGUAAACCAAAGACAUCAUCUUUGUGAAUUAAAAAUAUUUAUUAUAAUUUGUGUACAUGAUAAAAACCUAAAAGUGUUAGGUUGUGCCCAGGUCUCUCCCUACUCAAAAGGUUGGAGAACUUCCGUCUGGUUAUUUUGUAGUAUUGUAGCUAGCUUCUCUGUACAUGAACUGAUGAUGCAGACACACAGCUGGCCAAGAAAACAGCUGUAAUUACUACAUGGAUCAUGUGAUAUGGAUGUAAAUAUUCUUAAAUUAAAUCUUGCAAUCUGCACUUCAAA